UGAGCGUACGAAUUUCUGGCAAGUUGUCCUCUAGGCCGGGUGAGGAUUUGGAUUCCGACCGACCGGCGAAGGGUCAUUAAUCAAUUCAACUCUUCAUUUGCUGCCACAGUGGACUGAUGGGUCAAUCUACCGAUUCUCUUUCGCACGCGUGUAUCGCUUCUUUCUAAUUGUUUAUUCGACGACUCCUGGUGAAUUUGUACGACCAGGGAAACCAAUGCGAUAGCCGGCCACGCGACCAAUCGUCUAGGGUGCCUGCAGUUGUUCGUCCCGGGAACCUUUACGUCGCAAUACUUGCGCCGAGCGAGUUCGAUUCAUAGUUGAGCUGAGGAUUUGUUUGUGUGCGAACCGGUCUGGAGGGAAUUACAGGUCCAGAACGAGUGCCUGGGAUUGCGACCCUACGAAAGGGAUUCAGAGGAAACGGAGGCCCUUUAAUAGCGCCGAACCUCAGCAGACCCAUCCAACAUGAUGAGCGGUUACGAGAAGAGCGGCUUUGGCGACGAGCCAGAGCCCGGCAGCUUUGUCAAAGCCUUUGAUGCAUUCCCCAAAUCCAAACCGCAAUACGUGACACACACAUCCGGCGGCGGCAAGUGGACAGUCACCAUGAUAUUCGUCUCCCUCGUGCUGCUCUGGUUCGAACUAGGGCGCUGGUGGCAGGGGUCGGAAAACCACACGUUCGCCGUCGAGAAGGGCGUCGGACACGACAUGCAGAUCAACCUCGACAUCGUCCUGCGCAUGAAGUGCGCAGAUCUGCACGUCAAUGUGCAAGACGCCGCUGGCGACCGAAUUCUCGCAGCGUCCAAGCUGCAGGAAGACCCGACCAACUGGUCGCAGUGGGUAGACAACAAGGGCAUGCACAAGCUGGGCAGGGACAGCCAUGGCAAGGCCGUCACUGGUGCUGGCUGGCACGACGAGGGGUUCGGCGAGGAACACGUCCAUGACAUUGUUGCCCUAGGCAAGAAGAGGGCGAGGUGGGGCAAGACGCCGCGCAUAUGGGGACGAGGAGGCGGAGACAGCUGCCGCAUUUACGGAAGCCUGGAUCUGAACAAGGUACAGGGUGACUUCCACAUCACCGCCAUAGGCCACGGGUAUACGUGGAUGGGUGACCACUUGGAUCAUACUGCUUUCAACUUCUCCCACAUCACCAACGAGUUCUCUUUCGGCCCCUUCUACCCGUCGCUCGUCAACCCGCUCGACCGCACCGUCAACAUCGCCACAAACAACUUCCACAAGUUUCAGUACUUCAUGAGCGUGGUACCAACCGUGUACACCGUCGGACACGCCCAGAAUUCCCGCCAAACCAUCUUCACCAACCAGUACGCCGUUACGGAGCAGAGCCACGAGGUCAACGAGCGCAUGGUCCCGGGCAUCUUCUUCAAGUACGACAUCGAGCCCAUCAUGCUGACCAUCGAGGAGAACCGCGACGGGUACCUCACUUUCCUCAUCAAGAUCAUCAACGUGCUGAGCGGCGUGCUGGUGGCUGGCCAUUGGGGGUUUACGCUGAGUGACUGGGUUAAGGAGGUGGUGGGGAAGAGAAGGAGGCAGCAGAGUCAGGGUAUGAUUGGAGUGGGGAAGAAGGGAUACGAGGAUUAGAUAUGCUUGUACAUUAUAAAACAUGGCAGGUUAGCACAGGUUGGGGGGGUAUCUCUGACCAGCGGUCAUCUUGGGUUCGGCUCUGAAAGAUAGGAGGCCGAUGGAGUUGCGGUUAAAUAUCUGUUAAACAUGAGCAUUUUCUUCCUACUCCAUCUUCCCAAGCAUCGUUGUGUAAGAGAGUUGCGAAUCCAUGAACAAACUGGAAAACACCACUAGGUACACAAAUUAAGACUUUACAC